AUGGAGAUCAAAGGUUAUCCAGCCUUUAGAUGGUCGACGAAGAUGAGGAAUCCUCCAUACAAGCGCACCAAUCAAAAGUAUUGUGAGUAUCACAACGACGAUGGUCAUCUCACCGAGGAGUGUAUAUCUCUUCGCCGUGGAAUAGAAAACUUUAUUAGGAACUGUAGGUUGGUGAGGUUUUUGGCUGAUGGAAGGAAUAGGGGUAGAGAGCCUCAAGAGCCUUUACGGCGGGAUGGUAACAACGAAGCCCCCGAUGGAAGGUGGGAUGAUCGUGUUGGGUUGAUUGGUAGAGGCGAGUCAAAUUCGGCAAGGAAGGCUCAUGCAAGAAGAGUGAAUGUAGAUGAUGUUUUCCUUCUUGAAAGACCUUCUAAAGCCCAAAAGAAGGAUCCAAUGAUCCUAUCAUUCUCAGAAGAUGACGCAGAAGGGGUAGCAAUGCCCCACAAUGACGCGCUAGUUGUGAAGGUAACAGUGGGGAAUCACAGCAUUCAUCGAAUUCUGGUGGAUAACAGAAGCUCGGUUGAUAUCUUAUACUGGCCAGUUUACAAACAAAUGGGAAUAGAUCGGGAGAGGAUCAAACCAUUUGGCUCACCCAAGGUUGGAUUUGCAGGAGAGCAAGUCCAACCCAUCAGGCUCGUCUCCCUUCCUGUUAUAGUGGGAACAACCCCCAAACAAGUGACAAUAAUGGUGGGUUUCCUGGUGGUUGACCGACCAUCUGCCUACAACGUAAUCAUUGGUCAAUUGGCACUAAAUAAGUUGAAAGCGAAAACUUUAACUUACCUCCUGAAGAUGAAAUUCCUGACAGAUGAUGGAGUCGGGGAAGUCAAAGGAAACCAAAUUGCAGCGAGAAAGUGUUACAACACUUCUCUGAAGAAAUCGUCGGAUUUGCACCUUUAA